AUGGAACUUAGGGUUGGUGGUCGUUUUCGGCUUGGUCGAAAAAUUGGGAGUGGUUCUUUUGGCGAUAUCUAUUUGGGUCAGAACAUUCUUACUCAAGAAGAGGUUGCAAUCAAAUUGGAAUGUGCCAAAACCAAACAUCCUCAGCUUCACAUCGAAGCAAAAUUAUACAAAUUAAUGAGUGGUGGAAUCGGCAUUCCUCAAAUAAAGUGGUGCGGCUUUGAAGGGGAAUACAAUGUUAUGGUGAUGGAGUUAUUAGGACCUUCCUUGGAAGAUUUAUUCAAUUUUUGUUCUCGCAAGUUCACUUUGAAAACUGUAUUACUUCUAGCGGAUCAAAUGUUAUCGCGUAUUGAAUAUAUUCAUUCAAGAGAUUUUAUUCAUCGUGAUAUCAAACCGGACAACUUUUUGAUGGGAUUGGGCAAAAAGGGGAAUUUAGUUUAUAUUAUUGAUUUUGGCCUUGCGAAAAAGUAUCGUUGUAGUCGGACGCAUGCUCAUAUUCCAUAUCGAGAAAAUAAAAAUUUAACUGGGACUGCAAGAUAUGCAUCCAUUAACACCCACCUUGGAAUAGAACAGAGCCGCAGAGAUGAUAUUGAGUCGCUAGGAUAUGUUCUUAUGUAUUUCAAUCGUGGUACCUUGCCUUGGCAGGGCUUGAAAGCUGCUACAAAACGGCAGAAAUACGACAAGAUAUCAGAAAAAAAGAUGAGCACACCUAUUGAAGAACUCUGUGUUGGGUAUCCAGGCAAAAUAUUUGGAUCAGGAAUUUCAGAGCCAUUUGCUGCCUACUUGAAAUAUUGUAAAUGCCUGAGUUUUGAAGAACAGCCGGAUUAUUCCCAUUUACGCCAACUUUUUCGGAAUCUGUUUCAUCGUCUUGGUUUCACCUACGACUAUGUUUUCGACUGGAAUUUGCUCAAGUAA